AUGAAGAACUUUCCAGUUUUCGUGUUCCCUGUUUCUUUGGAGUUUUAUCUUAAUGCAAGACAUACACAUAAACAAUUACUAACAGUUUAUAAUCCAUACGAUUUCUCUGUGAAUUUCAAAGUGUUAUGUACUUCUCCCAACAAGUUUACUGUCAUAGACCCAGAAGGAGUGAUUGCGCCGCAGAGCUGUAUAGAUAUCGUAGUUCGAUAUACUCAACCUUCGGCAGCUCAUUGUAACACGACAGAAAAAUUCCGGAUAACGAUGUAUGAUAGGAACACCCAGCAGGCUCUGGGUAAAAGAGACAUUCCCACAAAAUUGAUAGAAGGAGGAACCUCUAAACACAAUACAAGAAAGUUUAGGAGACAGUUUCCACCCCUUAACUACCAAAGCUCAAACUGUAAGACCUGCAGAAGAGCUAACAAGGACUACAUGCAAUCACCCUUUACACCACAGGGACCAACAACCCAUCAAUAUUGUUGCAGUUACAGU